AAUUAAAAUUACAAAAAGAAAAAAUCCACACUCAUGCUGAGACUCAGCCAGAAUCUAGCUCAAAUAACCUCUAUGUCCAAGCUCAGACUGGACAAAAAUUACAACUCUCAGCAACUAAGGAGGAAAUCCCUAUUCUACCAACAAAGAUGGCUAAUGAAAAAAGAAACUCUCUAAACCAAUAUUAUACCACAGGAAAAAUAGAGAACAACAACUCAAACCUAUUACAAAAGACAAACACCUCAUCUUCUGAUUCAAAACUUUCUGAACCAGAAGGUGAAACUGUAACAGCAGAUAUACAAAAAAACAAAAAAAGGAAGAAUAAGAAAGGAAUACAUAAGAAUGAUAUAGUAAUAACAGAGGCAACUAUCUUUGGACAAGGCUUCUCUUCUCAUUAG